AUGGAAGACUUAAUCAAUACAGAAUCUAUCAGAUCACAAAUAAAUAAACCUAAUUAUAAACUAGAUGAGUUCUUAAUAGCCAACAGAUUUGAAUCGCUAGACUCGUCCAUCAAGGAACUAAGUGAAGUUGAGAAAACUUUGAAUGAUGAGUUGAUUAAAUUGAUCAAUGAUAAUUUCGAUAAGUUCAUUGAAUUGGGGAAUUUAAAUGGUUCACAAGAAUUGAUCGAUUCCGUCAAUGAUCAACUAUCCAAAUUCAAUAGACUCCUUAACUCCACAAUUGAUGAAUUCGACGAUAUUAAAAGUAAAAUAGCCAAUUUCGAAAAUUUCUUAAAGUCCUUAAAUGAACUCAAAUAUAAAAUCAAAGUUGUGAAAUUAGCCAAUUCCUUGAUAGAGAAUUUACUGAAAAUGUUAGAUGUAUUGGAAAAUCAACUUUACAUCAACUCAAAUAAGAAAAAAGAGUUAAACAAGAAUGAUGAAGUGUUAGUAACAGAGAUCGGAAAUAUGAUUAUGUUGAUCAACAAACUAAUAAUAAACCAUGAUUCCAUAAAUUAUAAGAAAUUCAACUCCUCAAUAUUCAAAUUCAAUGAAAUCCUUCAUGACGUAAAGAACUUUGAAGUGUUUAAAGUUAAGAAAUUGUUGAAAGAGAUGAAUCAGUAA